AUGGUGCUUUUGGGCUUGGUCUCCCUGGCUCUGCUGGGUUUUGUGGAUGCAGGCGCCAACAUCCGUGGCAACCAUCAGCUCGUGCUGGAGGAGAUAAAGCAGUCGCUUCAGGAGUCCAUGCAGGAGGUGCUGCGGGGCGGGUCGGGGUCGAAGCUCGAGAAGAUCGAGAAGAGCAUCUGGCAGACCUACCAGUCGCUGCCGAAGAACGAGUUCGGCCAUAUUGGCCCUCGCGCAGUUCGAUAUCUGGUGCACAACUACUUCGCCAAGGAACAUGGGUGGCUCAUCAAGGGAUUAGAGCCGCACGGCCACCAGGCCGACAUGUCACAGGUCCACGAGGUCAACAUUCUGCAGGACAAGGCCCCAGCGCUCGUGGAGUCCUUGUUGGAGGCCCAGAGAAAGGGCCGUGGCCUCGACCUCGCCGACGCCGUGGCCAUGUUGGCCACCCUGGAGUGCCUCAUCUUCGACGAGGCUAUCAAGCUUCUACAGGCUUCUUACAACUUGAAUGCCCUUCCAAUGGAGACCCCCAUCGACGAAGUUUGCAUUCAUGAUGUCUUGACAUCAUACUUGAUUCUUUUCGAGAUGGGUGAACGAGCCGUUCUUCAGAAUCCCGAGUUGCAUCACGCUUUGAAGGUACGUGCUUCAGAGGUUGGAGGGAACUGGCCACUCCUCGUGGAGUUUGAGGAGGAUGCAGUGUCCAAUUUCAAGUUCACCAACAAAGACAUCCGGAAUCCGUCUCUGACCUCGCCUACAUUUUCCUUCGAGGAUGCAGUGGAUAUCGUAGAAGGGCUUACAGGAGACUAUGGCAAAUGGCAGAACCUGGAGUGUCAGCAGAUGAAGAGCGAGCUCAUGGAACUGGACGUGCAAG